ACAAGACUCCUGCUUUAUCGAAGCUAUUUCUUCAAUCCUUUGAUCCACUAUACACGACACAACAGAAACAAGGGUGAUUUUUUUGAAGGCACUGUAAAACUAUGGAGAUUUCAUUGAUGUUACUACUUGCAAUUUCUUUGUUUUGUCCUGUUCAAACAGCAGUCAAGACCUGCAAACCCUAUCAAUUCAGCUGUGGUGGUCAAUACAACGAGUGUUUGCCUAAGAUGUGGCGGUGUGAUGGUGAAAAGGACUGUCUGAAUGGUGCAGAUGAGAAAGGCUGUGGUUUCAUGACUUGUGAUCCUCAGCAACUUCAGUGUGGCAAUGGGAAAUGUAUUCCGGAGAGCUGAAUGUGUGAUAAAACUGAUGACUGUGGUGACGGCACUGAUGAACUUCCUACUUUCUGCUGUUAGUAUACUUAUAAGACAAGUCAAUAAUUCAGAAGAGGAAGUAUGUUAGUGUAACCUUUAUGGUACAACCAAUGAACGAACUACCCCAAAAAUUGCUAUAGGGCGCAACAGUUACAGACAUAAAAUUCCCAUUCAUUUUUAUUCAAUACAUUUUAAAGGUAACAUUUAACCUUUAAAUACAGACCUACUGUGAGCUCUGAGGUUGUUAAUCAAUGGUAUGUGUUAAGGCCGUCAGUCUGUGUUAUUUCAAUGUAAUUUGUAAGAAAUUAUGUUUAAUACCAGAAUUCCUACACUACCCAUGAAUCAUGAAGAGAAACGAUCUACAAGUCGAAGAAUCGCAGCCAACAAAGCGUGCCAAACGACCAGCCACUCGCAUGACGUAUCGUGAUGACACAGUCGGUCUUACUAUACACUCAAACUACAAUACUUCAAUAUUUGUAAAUAUCGGAAUAUUUUGCAAUAACAUUUAAAUAAAUUGUUUCUAUAC